CUCAAAAGCCACCCCUCUUCCUAGUUUCAUAUUCCUCACAAUCCAACUCAAUCUUUUUUCAGGGUCUCGUGUAAUUUCCAAUUGAAGAUGAGCUCUGCAACUCUCAGCUCCACUUUUCUCCAAACUGGGUGCCAAUGGAAGGGUGGAGUGAAGAGUUUAGAGGGUAGUAAACGAAAUGCAGGGAAGGUGUUUGUGAAAUGUUCUGUGAGUUCGAAGGCCCAGAAAGCAGAAAAGGAAGUUCGCCUUGGUGUUCUUGGUGCCAGUGGUUACACUGGUUCUGAGAUUGUUCGGUUGCUGGCAAAUCAUCCUCACUUUGGCAUUACCUUAAUGACUGCUGAUAGAAAAGCAGGACAGUCAAUUGGAUCAGUGUUUCCUCAUCUGAUUUCUCAAGAUCUGCCAAAGAUGGUUGCUAUCAAGGAUGCCGAUUUUUCUGAUGUGGAUGCAGUAUUUUGUUGUUUGCCACAUGGAACCACACAGGAGAUUAUCAAAGGCCUUCCAAAGAGUUUAAAGAUUGUUGAUCUCUCUGCUGACUUUCGUUUACAAGAUAUAUCUGAGUAUGAAGAAUGGUAUGGUCAGGCACAUAGAGCGCCAGAAUUGCAGAAAGAAGCUGUGUAUGGUUUGACAGAGAUUUUAAGGGAGGAGAUUAAAAGUGCGCGUCUAGUGGCGAACCCUGGUUGUUAUCCGACUUCUAUACAGCUUCCCCUUGUUCCACUGUUUAAGGCUAAUCUCAUUCUAUCUAAAAAUAUUAUUAUCGACGCAAAAUCUGGUGUUAGUGGAGCAGGACGUGGUGCAAAGGAAGCAAAUUUGUACACUGAAAUAGCUGAAGGCCUAUAUUCUUAUGGCAUUACCCGUCAUCGCCAUGUGCCGGAAAUUGAACAAGGGCUGUCAGGUGCUGCCAAUUCAAAAGUAACCGUUAGUUUUACUCCACAUCUAAUGCCAAUGAGCCGUGGUAUGCAAUCAACUAUUUAUGUGGAAAUGGCUCCAGGAGUAGAAAUUAAGGACUUGCGGCAACAGCUGAGGUUAUCAUAUGAGGAUGAAGAAUUUGUAGUUUUGUUGGAGGAAGGUGUUGUUCCUCGCACACAUAAUACCAGAGGAUCUAAUUAUUGUUUCAUCAAUGUCUUUCCUGAUCGAAUCCCCGGAAGAGCAAUUAUUAUUUCAGUUAUUGAUAAUCUUGUCAAGGGAGCUUCAGGUCAGGCUCUACAGAAUCUUAAUGUGAUGAUGGGAUUCCCAGAAAGCACGGGGCUUCUAUAUCAGCCAUUGUUUCCUUAACAUAAUCAUCACACUUAGUAAGCAGAUCUGGGACAGCCGGGCUUGUGUCUUAUCAUUAUUAUUUGUUUCUGAAUGUCGGGUUAAUAUUUUUCAUUGAUUGUAAUAGUGCUACCGUUAUCUAAGCAUCUGGGCAUUGAAGAAGUGAAUUUUCUGAUUAUCGCGGCAAUUAAGGUGGUUAGCAGCUAUUUACAGGAGUUGCUUGCCUAAUCGUAAAAGUUCAACAACACAAGUUUAGAACCAUCCUUUCCCUGUUCCAAUUGGAAAUUUUGUGUCCCUCUUAGUUUCCAUACUGAUGAUUUGAUGGUAUGUACUAAAUUUUUACAGCACCUAGGAUUUGUGAUGAUGACGAUGUCAACUUUCUGGGGGGUGAAUAUUGUGCUUUAGAAAGUACACUGUUAUUGGUGAAGUAUUCAAUUUUACUAGUUGUGUUUAGAUUGGGUGAUCUGGAUAUGGAACUUCAAUGCAUCCUGAGACUACUUUACCUUUCAUGAAAGAGUGCAAUUCUUUGUCUAGAACAAUGCAUAAAAAAACACAUCUACUGAACGAGAGUAUGGGAAAAUCCUUUUUGUUGUCUUGGGAUGACGUAAACAAUACUAGAUCACAUAAACAACAGCUUGUAUGGGGAGAUACCUGAAUGUUUGGGUGCAAAGAUUGUAAGAGACUGCAUUUUCAUUAUUGGUAA